UGAGUUGCUGUUUGUGGAUGGCUAGUUUGAAUCUUCUCCAAGGGGCCAAGUUACUGGCUCUGGUUGCGGCAGGAGAGGAACACAAAACCACGGCUACCUGCGCAUAUACAUCAUUUGAACCACGUCUGGAAACCAGGAUAAAGCAAAAUGACAGGUGCUGGCUGGAUUCUGCGGGAAAUGACAUGCUGGACUAGAUGGGGAAUGGCCGAUGCAGCAUCCUGGUUCUUAUCGUGUUUGUGGUGAUGGCCCGUGCACCCAGGGAUGGGCACGAGUGUAAAACUAUUGCAAUUCUGGCACCUUGCUGUGAUCUUCUGUCCAUGGAAACCCCAGUCCUCCUAAGAUUUGAAACGGAGCACCAUCCAGAAAGAAACUUUUUCGUAUUUGACACCCUGGGAGACGCUGGCAGAACGGAACCUUCUGUGCAGUGCAACAGAACUAGCUAAAAUUGGACCGUGGGAAGCACAGUGCUUCCAUCCUGUACACGUGCAGCCGACGGGACUCCUAAAUUUCACAGGAAUGGGAAAGAAUCCAACAGCAUUCAUGCAGAAAACGGAGAUACGGAGAACUGUGUCUUUCAGAAUAUGAUUGUAGGAGUUCCAGAGAGAAAGGUCCUUCCAAAGUGGCUUGUGGGAAAAGCCAAGAAAGUAUGGCUGAGGAAGAAGAAGCCUGGCCGUUCUCUAUCUCUUACUGUUGGAAAAAAGAAGAAGAACUCUCUGAUUUGUGGAGGAAAGAGCUUCUCAACGGGCAAGCACUCCUCGUCCUCACCCUCCCCCAGUUCUGUUCUUCCACCCCUUUUGAUGUGAAUAUCUGGAUAGAGAGACUGAAGGCCAUGGGAAUCCAGAUGACUGUGGACCAGUGGAAAAACUUAAUUCAACAUGCAGUGCUGAAGCCAGAAGUGAGCAAGUAUCUAUUCUACAACUCUAGAGCAUUGGGGAUAACCAUUACCGUGGUUCUGUAUGUGACUCUCUGGCUCAAUCUUUACUCGACCUUGAUCACAUUUGCUGCAGGAAAGCCUUGGGUGGUCAGUAUUGUGGUCACCUUGGUGUCGCUUGUAGCUGCCCUGACCAUCAGGCUGAUAACUCUUCGCUACCAAAGCAAGAUGAACGUGAAUACUGACAUGCGGCUGGCAGCGGCCAACGAAGCCUGCAUGAAGCACGGAUUCCUGGUGGGAUUCACGGUUGUUCCGGACAAGCAUCGCAGCGUCCCGCAGCUCUGGUUUGUUCACUUCGAUGUGGGACCAUGCCUUCACUCCUUGACAGAUGCUGUGGCAGAAAUGAAGAGGAACCAGGAGUUGGCUCUGAAGCGCCGUCUGGAUGAACUCCGCAUUGUGAUCGAGACCACAAUCCUUCCAGGUCUGGAAGAGAAGCCAGAAAGCUCUGUGGAGGAAUCUCCGCUGCUGUCAGAGAGACGGAAGAGCAGUCGGAAUGCAGUGACAUUUCAGGACUUCCUGCAUCUUCUUCCAGAAGGACCUCCAGAGGCAAUGGCGGAGCAGCUGUUGACAAUCUACAGUGGCUAUUACAUCCGGCUGCUGGUCAGUGGCCAGCUCCCAAGCAUCGCCACAGGGCGGCACAUCGCACUCGGUCGGGCACCCUGUCUCUGCCAAUUUGUGGAAAAGGUGGUGCUGGGUAAGCAAGAGUCUUGAUUCAAAGUGAAAUGCCUGGAGUCAGGUGGAACAGCACCUGCAGCUCGACAGAAUUGUCCGAAGUGGAGAAGAUCAACUGACAGAGACAGGAGAAUGGUGAUCUUGGAGGAAUAUGAAUGGUCAGCAAAUUUCCAGAGAUACGCUUCUUUCUGUCAGACCACUAACGUAUCCAGCACACACGACAGUGGCAGCUCUCCAGGGUCCUGGACAAAGAACUCUCUUUGACUACAAGUUCUUGAAGAGGUUCAAGAUUUUCCCCCAGCUCUUUCUCCAUUGUGUUUACUGGAAGGGUCAAGCCUUCCAUCUUGCAAAACCAUGAAGGAGACAUGAUUUUAAUGGGAAAUCUGGCACCAAAAGGAUUGAUAAGCCUGGCUGCAGAAGAAAUCCAGACAAGGCCCUGCUCUUCUCAGACGCUUAAGAAUUCAGAACUUUUUCUUUGACUCAUCUAUUUCUGGAGCCAAAACAAAGUUCUGGCUGGGUUGAAAACAGAUCCUUAGAGAAUCUGUUUUCUCUAUAACUCCAUAAUCCAAUGGAGUUGUUGGGCAUUGCUUGCUCCCAUGGGAGUCCCGGGGACAGAGCAUUCUUAGUGCAGCCCCAAGUGAGAAUUCCCUUAGGUUGUGCCAGUGCUAGCACCAGUUAGAGGGCACUGGGAGCUCCUGCUUCACUCUUGCCACUCCCCUGCCCACAGCGCCUUUUAGAAGGACCGUUUUUCACCAGCGUCUGUUCACUGGUCAGCUGCUGCUGCUCUCAUCCUCCUGGUUCUGCAGAAGCUUCAGAAUCACGUGUGUGAACUCUCGUGCAUGUGUCGAGUGCUCCUGCUGUUCCAGGGCUUUCUCUGGAGCAGGAAGAGCCCUGUCUGGGCCCGAGCACCAGGCGGUGCUAGCUAGGUACCCUCCUUAGAAGGAAGGUGCCACAAAGGGUGCCUGAGCCCCGGCUGUUAGAGUGGAGGACCCCCACCCUCUGCAAGGGACAGAGUUGUCUGGGCUGGGCUGAUGCUCCUAUGAGCCACUGCAGGCCCUGCCCAUCUUUCUCACGGAGCUUGUUGGGGAAACAGCGGCAAGACUGCAAGUCCAGUGAUCAACUGGUCUUCAACCAUGGAAGGGGGUGAGGAUGUUCAGCAGGUUAUGCCAAUGCUUUGCAGCAUAUAACUGGUCUGGGGUUGGGGCAGGUGGGCUCUGGGACUGGAUCCGAUGUGUGCUUGCUCCCAAGACUGCUUGUCUGUAUGGCUCCGAGAAUAUAAUUUCUUAUUUAAUGAUCA